GUGCUCGUAGACGUUCUAUUCAAUUAAAUCGGCUGCUACUGGGAACAUGGAGAGCGAAGUUGGCAAAUGCCUAAUGAAUCCGAGCCAUUGUCGAGAUUGGAAGGACUUCAAGGCGCAAUACGGUCGAUUGACAUGGACUCUUUAAACUGUCGACCUGGUUCACUUGGAAAUCCGAUUUGAUACACUGAAAGUGCCAGGGGGCCUGAAAUUCAUCCGUUUUUAUCCUGUGGUACACCAGCACUGGUUUAUCUCCCUUUUCCCCUCAAGACCUUUUUUUGCAUUCAAUAUGACCACCAACCCUCCGCCGUCAUACGAGGUCGCUGUCGCAGAGGCCAAGCGCAUGCUGGCUAAACCUCUUACAUCGGAUGAAAAGGUUGAAUUUGCCAAGGAAGCCAUCAAGGUAUUGGAGGACGACAAUAAUGUCAAGCAGUUCGAAGCGGACAUUGAGAAUAUCGGUACUUCAGCUAUUCAGACGGAUCAAGCUUUCGACCGUGUGAGUCGUGGCUUCAAAGACAUGGUCGACAAGCACGGAAAGGAUUUCCCAGAGGUCGCCGGCUACAAAGCUGAGUGGGACAGCUAUAACAAGCGCUGGGUUAAGUACCUCUGGGACUCGCGCGAUGUGGCUUCCGAGAUGAGUGCAACCCUUUCACGAUAUGAUGAGGUGUUUCUUCAGUUAAUCAGUGAAAUCAAGACCGAUGAAGACCGUAAAGAGUGCAUCAAGGAGCUUGCUAGCUUUGGUUCAGAAAAACAUCAGACCUCGGCACAGAUGGCAGGCAACUUUAGGAAUCUUGAAGCGGACGUCAGGGGCUUUGGCGAGAGGUUUGCAACGUAUCUGGAACAGAAGAAGGUGGAAUUAGAGCAACUAGCAACAACGCUAAAGACGGAUAUCGACGCACUCCAAGAACAGAUUAAAAACUGGAAUGAAAAGAUUGCUGCUGGUCUUAUGGCUAUGGGUGCCGGCUUGGCUCUUUCGUUCUGGACAUUGAUUAUCACUGGUUCAGCUAUUGCUUACUUCAUUGCUCAACGCAUCAAAGCCGAAAAGGCACUUAAUGCCAAGAAGACUGAGCUGGCAGAAGUGAACCGCAAGCAGAGAGCCCUGGCAGAACUCAAGACCAGAUUUGACGGUCUAAAGCCAGAUAUCGCCCUUAUCUGCGAAAAGCUCAUUAUAUUCGGUAACAUUUGGCAAUCCGUAAGCACUCAAUGUGCAGAGUUCGGCAGUCAUCUCGAGAAAGGCAUGGACGCCCUUAAUGACGAGGAAUUCCGGUUGCAAGUCACACUCGCGAGGAAGACGUGCACUCCUCUUCGGAAUGGCCUUAGGAAGUACGCGACGACUCUUGAACAUUCUCCUCUUCCCAAGUCCUAAGCAAACCACUCGUCAUUGCAAAGGGAAUGAGACAAGAAAUCUGUUUUUUUUUGCUUUCUUUCAAAAAUAUAUUUCAACUUGUACUACUACGUCGAUUAACGGACACUGAAUAAUUAUGAAUGUUAUGAUUGUU